ACUCGGGUCCCCUUCCUGCACCGCGCCGCCACUUGCCGGUUGCUAAGCAGUUCCCAUUGUUUCUGUGGCGAUUGCGGAGGCUGUUGCUAAUUGGAGAAGCCCCGCCAAGCCGCAGCUUCUACCCUGUUCGGAUCCGCUCUCUGCUCCUCGCGUUUCAAGAGAAAACUAGGCUGCUGUACCCACUCUCCCUCCCCCACCCGCCCCAAAAUAGCCGUGCGGCUUCGGAAGUACGGACUACAUCGCACCCCUCCCCGCCGAUCGGACCCGGUGGCUCGGAGCUGGCCGUCACCCCGCACCUGCCCCUGUGCCGAGCGCGCCCAGGACGGGGUCAUGACCACAGCCAAGGAGACCAGCGCUCCGGGGAAGUCCGUGCAGCAGCAGGAGCAGGAGCUGGUGGGGAGUAAUCCUCCGCAAAGAAACUGGAAGGGAAUAGCCAUUGCACUCCUUGUGAUUCUGGUCAUCUGCUCCUUGAUUGUCACCUCGGUCAUACUGCUGACACCAGCGGAAGAUAAUAGCCUGUCUCAGAAGAAGAAGGUCACCGUGGAAGAUCUCUUCAGUGACGACUUCAAAAUUCACGACCCCGAGGCUAAGUGGAUAAGUGAUAAAGAGUUCAUCUACAGAGAACAGAAAGGAAAUGUGAUACUGCGGAAUGUUGAAACAAAUAUUUCUACAGUGUUAAUAGAAGGCAAAAAAAUCGAGUCAUUAAGAGCCAUCCGAUAUGAAAUCUCUCCAGAUAAGGAAUAUGCUCUGUUUUCAUACAACGUGGAGCCUAUAUACCAACACUCCUACACUGGAUAUUAUGUCCUGAGCAAAAUUCCUCAUGGCGAUCCGCAAAGCCUGGACCCCCCGGAAGUGAGCAACGCGAAGCUUCAGUACGCGGGGUGGGGCCCGAAAGGCCAGCAGCUGAUUUUUAUCUUUGAAAACAACAUCUACUACUGCGGGCACGUUGGGAAGCAGGCCAUCCGCGUGGUGUCUACGGGGAAGGAAGGGGUGAUCUACAACGGCCUCAGUGACUGGCUGUACGAAGAGGAGAUUCUGAAGACCCACAUCGCCCACUGGUGGUCUCCGGACGGCACGAGGCUCGCCUACGCCACCAUCAACGACUCCCGCGUGCCCGUCAUGGAGCUGCCAACCUACACCGGCGCCGUCUACCCCACGGUGAAGCCCUACCACUACCCCAAGGCUGGAUGUGAAAACCCCAGCAUUUCCCUGCACGUGAUUGGCUUAAAUGGACCCACCCACGACCUGGAGAUGACACCACCUGAUGACCCACGGAUGAGGGAGUACUACAUCACCAUGGUGAAGUGGGCCACCAGCACCAAGGUCGCGGUGAACUGGCUGAGCCGGGCGCAGAACGUGUCCAUCCUCACCCUCUGCGACGCCACCACUGGGGUCUGCACGAAGAAACACGAGGAUGAAAGCGAAGCCUGGCUGCACCGACAGAACGAGGAGCCGGUGUUCUCCAGGGACGGCCGGAAGUUCUUCUUCGUCAGAGCCAUCCCCCAGGGCGGACAGGGGAAAUUCUACCACAUCACCGUGUCAUCUUCCCAGCCCAACAGCAGCAACGACAACAUUCAGUCCAUCACGUCUGGAGACUGGGACGUCACCAAGAUCCUGUCCUAUGACGAGAAGCGGAAUAAGAUCUACUUCCUGAGCACGGAGGACCUGCCCCGGAGGCGGCAGCUCUACAGCGCCAGCACGGUGGGCAGCUUCAACAGGCAGUGCAUGUCCUGCGACCUGGUGGAGAACUGCACCUACUUCAGCGCGUCCUUCAGCCCCAGCGCCGACUUCUUCCUGCUCAAGUGUGAAGGUCCUGGAGUCCCCACGGUGACCGUGCACAACACAACAGAUAAGAAAAAAAUUUUCGAUCUAGAAACAAACGAACACGUAAAGAAGGCCGUGCAUGACCGACAGAUGCCUAAAGUAGAAUACAGGAAGCUCGAGGUUGACGAUUACAGCUUGCCCGUCCAGAUCCUCAAGCCCGCGACCUUCACUGACACCGCGCACUACCCCUUGCUCCUGGUGGUGGACGGCACCCCCGGGGGCCAGAGCGUGGCCGAGCGCUUCCAGGUGAGCUGGGAGACGGUGCUUGUGAGCAGCCACGGCGCCGUGGUGCUCAAGUGCGACGGCCGCGGCAGCGGCUUCCAGGGGACCAAGCUCCUGCACGAGGUGGGGCGACGGCUGGGUGCCCUGGAGGAGAAGGACCAGACGGAGGCCGUGCGGAUGAUGCUGAAGGAGCAGUACAUCGACAAGACGCGCGUGGCCGUGUUCGGGAAGGACUAUGGCGGGUACCUGAGCACGUACAUCCUCCCAGCAAAGGGAGAAAACCAGGGUCCGGUGUUCGCCUGUGGCUCUGCUCUCUCUCCGAUAACAGACUUCAAGCUCUAUGCGUCCGCGUUCUCCGAGAGGUACUUGGGCCUCCACGGACUUGACAACAGGGCGUACGAGAUGACCAAGGUGGCUCACCGAGUGUCCGCCCUGGAGGAGCAGCAGUUUCUGAUCAUUCACGCAACUGCUGACGAAAAAAUCCAUUUCCAGCACACAGCGGAACUCAUUACCCAACUAAUUAAGGGGAAGGCUAAUUACAGCUUACAGAUCUACCCGGACGAAAGCCACUACUUCCACAGCGCCUCCCUGCACCAGCACCUGUACCGCGCCAUCAUCAACUUCUUCGUGGAGUGCUUCCGGGUCCAGGACAGACUCCCCACGGCCACAGCGAAAGAGGAGGAGGAGGAGGACUGACCUGAGAGCCGGAGCCAGCCCUGAGCACGGCGGGGGGCUCCCCCUGGACCAGCGUGCAGCCGGGGGACCCCACCGCCCUCUCCCACAGAGGCCGGGGCCGGGGCAAGAAGUGUGACUUUCCAUAGCAUGUGUGUCUUGCGUCCCGAAGGCGGUUUUGCUUCAGAAACUAGCUCCUUCCCAGGCCGAGACGCGUCACCGCUCCCAGGGGCCCCUCCCCGCCGCACCUGGAGCCGCCACCGCAGCAGCCUCGCCUCCUCCUGGCCCCGGAGUGACUGGUCCACCCCCCGGCCCCUCCCCAGGAACCACGGAUGGACAGCAGUGCAGAAACUGGCCCUUAACCCCAAGCUAUCCUGCGGCAGCGCGAAGGCCAGCCCUGGCCAGCGGCCGUGUCCACAUUAGCAGCAUCCCCUGUCUGAUGCACCCGCGCCAUGGAAACGAGUAGAGCACAAUUAUUUUAACAGAACUUGCUCGUAGCUCGGCUUGCUCCUCUCUGAGAUUAGGAGGCCCGGCGUCGUCAGGGGCUGUGGCAAGUGCGCUGUAGCUACGCUAAUGGCUAACCUUAUGGAAUUAAUUCGUAUUUUUCUAUGGUUUUUACCCGACACUGUCUCCGGUCAUGGGCUUCCUCUCUUUCUUUGCUUCUUUCUUUCGUGGCUUUGUUUUGCUUUCUGUUCUUCGGUCCGUGUGUAAGGCUUAGCACUCGUUUGGAUAAAGAAACAGAUCAGACGCAACUAACUGCUCUCUCCUCAAGAUUGUCUUGAGACUCUGUGCAGAAAUUUCAAAAAAACUGAGGGGGACGAACAUCCAGUACCAUUCACUAAAAAAAAAUAUCCUAAAUAAAACUUCUUUCCCACAAAGCCGCAUUAGGACCUGGCUCAGCCUCACACCGUGUGUGCACGUCGGGAAGCCCAUCCUCUUCCCCCUUGGCCCCUCGUCGAGUGUCUCACAUGGCAUUUGGUUAGAAAGAACAUAAAAAGACGAAGGGUUGACUGACCCCUCCCCAGGUCUGUGUGCGUGUUCGGGGGACCGUCCAGGGCAGUGUGGGCGCAGGCGGUGGCCUCCGGUCCCGGGGACGGCUGGGUGCCCUCACCUCCGCCUGUCCACGUGUGACACUCCCUCCGACGGGACGCACCGCCGGCUCCCAGUGUACAUUUCGUGGUGUUGUACAUAAGACGGACCGGGCACGGCCCCCAGCAGCUCCUGCAUGCCGCCGCCCCGUGGCUGACCCGCGCGCCCCACAAGUGCUAGUGUGAAGCGUAUCGACCACUUUUGUUUCCUUUGAGCUCGUUGACGCCUGAAUGUCAGUCCUGAUCUCUCCAGCUUCCGGGCCUGCGGGGUGGGGGGGCCUUGACAUUCCGUCGGCAGAGAAGACUUGUCUGUGUCGCCGUUUGGCAUUGGAGGGUCUCAUCUCUGUGAGUUUUGAAUGUCACUUGCAGCGAGGGCGCUUGGAGGGUCUCCGUCACAAGGUCGCCACUGGGGAAAAGGACCGAUGUGUGAGCAACCGGACGGCUCUGGAUGCUCCGUGACCGUGACUUCGCUAUUUCCACUGGGCUUGACCGAAAGCCAACUAGGUCCAACGGGGGAAGCCAGCUGUGGCCGUGAGGUCUGGCAGGAGGCACGUGAGCAUGUGGCAUACUAGCGUUUGUUCGUCCAUGGAAUAAAACAUUAUUUUACCACUCGGA